AUGGCAUUUAUAUUACUUACUCUGGUGCGAUGCCUUCAAGCUAAAUGGAAAGUGAACGCAGAUGAAGCUGGUUUUGGUAUGACAGGAAAUAUUCACAAAUGGAAACAAGUUAGCGACUGUUUAAUUGCAAAUUGUCAGAUCGUCAAAUUACGAAUUGCUGUCAAUUGUCAAUUUCAUUCCAAUUUCUCUUCAGCUGCAUUCAACAUAUAA